GCAGACCGACAACGUAAGAGGCGAGCUAGGGUGACGGCGGCCAUUUUGUGUCAGGAGGCAGGAGGAGAAAGACGGGCUUGGCUUCAGCGCUAAACCAUCGGGCUCGUCAGAGGCUCCGGGAAUUGAGUCCAAACGGCUCUCUAGCAGGGGAACGAAGCUGCUAAGGCGGUCUCCGGAAAGAUUAUACUAGCAGCAAAACCAACAACAGCUGCGGUUGGGCCCUCUCAGCGCCGAUAUUCCAGUCUCCGGUUUGCUGACACACGUAGUCUUGCGCCAGGAGCCUCUUUCGGCCUGUGAAGAUGCGAGGCUUCGGAGACCGAGGCCGCGACCGUGACCGCGGCGGGUUUGGCAGUCCUCUUCCUCCCAAAAAAUUUGGAAAUCCAGGAGAACGCCUGCGUAAGAAGAAAUGGGAUUUGAGUGAAUUGCCCAAAUUUGAGAAAAACUUUUACGUUGAACAUCCAGAAGUGGCAAGACUCACUCCAUAUGAAGUUGAUGAGCUGAGAAGAAAGAAAGAGAUUACAAUUAGAGGGUCAGAUGGUUGCCCCAAGCCUGUAUUUGCUUUCCACCAGUGUAAUUUUCCACAGUAUGUAAUGGAUGUCUUGAUCGACCAGCAUUUUACAGAACCAACUCCAAUUCAGUGUCAAGGCUUCCCAUUAGCCCUUAGUGGUCGUGAUAUGGUAGGCAUUGCACAGACCGGCUCUGGGAAAACGUUGGCGUACUUGCUACCUGCAAUUGUUCACAUCAACCACCAGCCAUAUUUGGAAAGAGGGGAUGGUCCAAUUUGCUUGGUUUUAGCUCCUACCCGAGAGCUGGCCCAACAAGUCCAACAGGUAGCUGAUGAUUACGGUAAAUGUUCAAGGCUGAAGAGUACCUGUAUAUAUGGAGGAGCACCUAAAGGUCCCCAAAUCAGAGACUUGGAGAGAGGUGUUGAAAUUUGCAUUGCUACGCCUGGACGUCUGAUUGAUUUCCUUGAAGCAGGGAAAACUAACCUUCGCCGAUGUACAUACCUUGUACUGGAUGAAGCUGACAGAAUGCUGGAUAUGGGUUUUGAACCUCAAAUUCGUAAAAUUGUUGAUCAAAUACGGCCUGACAGGCAAACUCUAAUGUGGAGUGCCACUUGGCCAAAGGAGGUGCGCCAGCUAGCUGAGGAUUUCUUGCAUGACUAUGUCCAGAUCAACGUGGGCAACCUGGAGCUGAGUGCCAAUCAUAAUAUCCUGCAAAUAGUGGAUGUGUGCAUGGAGAGCGAGAAGGAUCACAAACUAAUACAACUGAUGGAAGAAAUCAUGGCUGAAAAAGAGAACAAGACAAUUAUCUUUGUGGAGACGAAACGACGAUGUGAUGACCUAACUCGAAGGAUGCGUAGAGAUGGUUGGCCAGCUAUGUGUAUUCAUGGAGACAAGAGUCAACCAGAACGAGAUUGGGUGCUUAAUGAAUUCCGCUCUGGAAAGGCUCCUAUCCUCAUUGCUACGGAUGUUGCGUCUCGUGGGCUAGAUGUGGAAGAUGUAAAGUUUGUGAUAAACUACGACUAUCCAAACAGCUCGGAGGAUUAUGUGCACAGAAUUGGCCGAACCGCCCGUAGCACCAACAAAGGCACUGCCUAUACAUUCUUCACACCAGGGAAUCUGAAACAGGCUAGAGAGCUAAUAAAAGUGCUUGAGGAAGCCAAUCAGGCCAUCAAUCCUAAACUGAUGCAGCUUGUGGACCAUAGAGGCGGCGGCGGUGGUGGAGGUGGUCGCUCCCGUUACCGUACUGCUAAUUCAUCCAACAACCCAAAUCUGAUGUACCAGGAGGAAUGUGAACGGAGGCUCCGGGGUGUUAAAGAUGGCCGAAGAGACUCGAGUAACUUUCGAGACCGUGAUCGCAGUGACAGCUUUGCCAAUGGAGCCAACAAGGCUUAUGGCGGCGCGUAUGGGAAUGCAAAUUCUGCAUUUGGGGCACAGCAGGGGCAAUAUGGUUAUGCCCAGGGAACCUAUGGAGCUGCUGCUUAUGGCACAAGCGGCUAUGGGGCAGAAUACAGUGCUGCUGGGUAUGGUGGAGCCAACGCUGCCAGUGCUGGGAGAAACUCGCAAAGCACCGGCCAACAGCAGUAUGCAGGAAUGGGCCGUUCGGGCCAGCAGCCACAGCCUCUCAUGUCGCAACAGUUUCCUCAGCCUCCAGGCACCAACGUGAUGGGCUAUAUGGGACAGACUGCCAACUACCAAUAUCCACCUCCUCCUCCACCCCCUCCCCCUUCACGCAAGUGAAGACCACUCAGUUUGGUGGUUACCAGUCAAGAUUUGCAAUUAAGAACCUUCUCUUCUUCCUCACCCUUUCCCCCUCCAAACCCUCAUUGUGAUGUCCCCCCACCCCACCCCCAAUGCAGGUUAGAUGUAGAGUUCACCAUCCAAAUUCUGGCCACACACAAUCGUCCCAGUCCACCUUACUGAUUUUGUUUUUAAAAUGAGUAUUGACUGGCAACUGACUUCUUUCUACGUAUUUUGGCCUUGCACGUUAAGUAAUCUGGAAUGAUUUUUCUCUCUCAAAAAAGAAAGACUCCACAGGGCAGAUACGUCCCAGUCCAGUUGUCACUGUGUCUGAGGCUUGUGUGUGAAAACUUGCUGCAGAGAGGACAACUUCUCCAUGCUGUAAUCAUCAGGAAGGAUGGUGCUAAGGAGUGCUCCCUUCUUAACAGAAUAUUAAAGGUGGUGUUGAUUUUUGCUUACUUAAAGUCGAGACUGUUUUCUACAAUGAUAAUUGAAUGAGGCUUUGGAUGUGGCAUAGGUGAAUUUUGGAAAAAAUACUUAGUCUGGUUUGGCUCAACAUAUGGUUGUUCCAAACCUGCACCCCACAGAUAAAACCUAAAAAGGAACAUUUGACUUUGGCUAGCAUUAGUGCAGCUCCUGGAUGUCUUCUCAGCCCUUUGAGGAAGGGAAUGUAAUGGAGAUGUGUGUUCUUUUCUGUUGUAAAGCACUUCACCCUAGGUUUAAUCACAAAAUCAUAUUUUUAAGUUAAUUGGGAUUUCUCUGUAGCUUUUAAAUUAUUAGCUGCUAGGUAUCACCCAAUGGAUCACAAUUUAAACCUUGCCCCCAAGUUUCAACUUCUGGGAUUAAAAUCACACUUCAACAGAAGAAGCUAGAUGGGGUGCUAACCGGUUUCCAUUUACUGGGCAUCUGUCUCAUUGAUAUAACGCACCUUUUAUUGGGCACAUUCAGAAUCCCACUGUACUGAGUAAAAUGGUUCAGUUUUCCUGUUUCAAAUCUUAAAGGUUUAUUUUAGGCUAAAUGGAAUCUAAACCCCUCUUCACGGGGGAGGAGGAAGAGAUGGCUAAAUAUGUCUUGGAGCUGCAUUCUUAUCCUGAUCUGACUAGGGCUUUCCUUGGCUUUUGAGUGAGUUUCUUCAGCUGUCUUUUACAUUCAGCUUUUACAGGUAGGUAGCAGUCUAGGAAGCUUUAGUAAAGGAUGGAGCUUUAGUAAACACUUCCAUUCAAUCUUGUUUUUCUUUCCCCCUGGCUGAGCAAGGCUUUCUAAGUCGGCGGGUGGGUGGGGUGGGGUGGGCUUCUUUUUCAAGUACUACGGCUUACGUCUUGUGACUAUUAGCAGAAGGGUUGGUAGUAGUUGGCUUUUUCAGUGCAUUACCUGUUUUGUUCUGAUAACAUGGCAGGAAAUCACUUAUGUAAUGAUUGAGAGGCAUAAUGUGUGUACUACAGCGUUACUUUCUAUUUGGGGAAAUGUAUAGUUCAAACAAAUGAGACAGCCCAGUUAUUUUAUAGCAAAAUGGGUUUUGGAUUUUUGUUCCCCAGUAAAAAGCAUGCUGGGGAAUGAUAAAUCAUUUGUGUGUCUUGUAUGCAACAUACAGGUAGGUUGGUUGCACAGACUAUGGGAGGGAAAUGUUUGCCAGUUUAAAUUCGUCAUGUCUCAUUUGACUUCCAUAAUCGUAAGCUGGCAAAAUGAGAAGUCUGGCAGUAAGCAUCAUUGCUAAAAAGACCAGAAAUGAACAUUCAUUUACUGAACACUGACUGAUCUGUGUUUCCUUCCUGGAAAACCAUCAUGGAACUGUCUGUUCAUGCAGAAAUAAAUCUACAAGCAUAUAGGGUAUGUGGAGAGAAUGCUUACUUCCCUGCUGUCCUGAAAGCGGUUUCAGGAAAGUCAAGACUGCUGUGUGGUCUUAGUCUUCAGCAACCUCUGCAGGCAUAAAAUUGUGUUUGGGCCUUGCAGUGCUUUAUUGUAGCUUGAAGGUGGCUACAACCCAGAGUGUCUCAUGCUCAGAGUAUUAACUAAUCAUUGAGUGCUCUGUGGCGUGUGCUGCUUGCUUCCCACCUGGUGCUGCUUGGUUCCACUUACCAGCUAAAGAGCCCUUUUGACAAAGCAGUAAUGUCCAUUGCUUCUCCAUUAAACAUUUGUAGAAAUACCAAAUCCAGCAUAUCUUUCCUUCCAGAUAAGUUACUGUGUGGGCUUUGUUGAGUUGAAAGAUUUAGACUCUAAACUUUAGAGGCUUUGUGGGUGGGAUCAGUGCUGUUUCAACCUUACUGGUAUUUGAACACAUUCCUAUUGUAUUAAUAAAAACUUGAAUGGAGAGAUUCAUAGCUCUGUGGUGUUCAGGCACAGCAUACUAAAAAAGCUAUGUUACUAUUAGUUUGUAAAUUGUCCUUUUGAUACCAUCUUGUUUUCUUUUGUAGGUAUGAAUAAAACACUGUUGUCAAUAAA